ACGUUAAAAGUCUUUUUGAUUCUAGAAACAAAUGAAAAAAAAAAAACAAAAAAUAUUUUUAAGUAAUUCUAAAUAAGUACCACAAUUAUCGUAUUAUAUAUAUAUGUUUAUCGCUAGACAUGCUUGAAGUUGACAGAUCACGUAGAUUAUAGUUCAUGAACAAUCAAUAGUAAAGUAUGGCGAAGAAAAGAAUAAACUGUAAUUUUUAUUAUGGGAGACUACAUAGGCGACAAAAAAAAAUUUUUCGUUAAAAUUUAAAUAGUAAUGAGAUUGGGUCUGAACGCAUGCAUUGUGUUUGGAGCUGAUUACAAAUACCAUAACCUUCGUUGUGACAUUUGUUCGCUUGUGAAAGGAAGCGGGAUCUAAAGGCAGGUGCUCCGCUAGCCUCCCAUGAAAGGGGUGGUAUGUCAUUCAAUCACUAUCCAGUCAAAAUUGUAGAAAUAUAUUUAUAUCUGAAUAUAAUGCAGUAGUAAUAUUUUAACUACCGUAACUCGUGACAUUAAAAAUGAAGCAAAGAAAGUGAGGAGAAAGUGAUGAGCAAGGAAAAGUGCCCCAGCCCAUGUUAGUUUUAAAAUAAUACAUAGAAAGCCCCAAAAAAUAGAAAUUCGAUCUUCGUAAUGCGGUUCUUGAAACAAACUAAAAACGUACAAAAAUAAGGUAAACUGAUUAUCGUGACAACCAUGAUUUCAUUUUUGAUAAUAGACCGAGAGUUUAGGUUAUUAUAUAGGAACAAACACUCGAUUGAUAUCGACUGAGAUAAAGAUCAAAAACUAUUUAAAUGUCCACAUGCCUACAAUUGAAGGAGUAACACAAAAAUGUUCGGCGCUGUGAGAUUAGUAUUCCUGGCAUUUAUAUUAGCUGUACUUGCAAAUAGCAAAAAAAUCUCUCGACAUGAAGCGAGAAAAAUACCCGACCACUUACUUUUUGGAGCUGCUACAGCAUCCUACCAAAUAGAAGGAGCUUGGAAUGAAGACGGAAAAUCUGAAAAUAUAUGGGAUCGCGUAUCACACAGGGAACCUUGUGUUGUCGACAACUGCGACACAGGUGACGUUGCCGAUGAUUCGUAUCAUCAAUAUAAGCGUGAUGUGGAAAUGAUGCGGGAGCUAGGUCUCGACUUCUAUAGGUUCUCUCUCUCCUGGACGAGAAUAUUACCAACGAGUUUUCCAGAUCAAAUUAAUGAAAAAGGAGUACAAUAUUAUAAUAAUUUGAUAAAUGAGAUGCUCAAAUACAACAUACAACCCAUGGUGACUCUUUAUCACUGGGAUUUACCUCAGAAGUUGAAAGAUCUGGGAGGAUGGACCAAUCCCCUUAUCGUUGAUUGGUUUACCGAUUAUUCCAGAGUAGUGUUCCAGCUAUUUGGAGACAGGGUUAAGUAUUGGAUAACUAUCAAUGAACCGAAAGAGGUUUGUUAUCAGGGAUAUGCAGGACAGUCUUUAGCUCCCCUUUACAAUAUUUCUGGAUAUGCUGAUUACAUGUGUGCUAAAAAUCUACUGGUAGCUCAUGCCAACGUCUAUCAUUUAUAUAACAAUGUAUUUCGUAAAGCCCAAGGUGGUCAAAUCGGUAUAACCCUAAGUGCCAAAUGGUAUGAACCUGAAUCAGACAGGGAUAGUGAAGCAGCUGAAGAUAUCAAACAAUUUGAGUGGGGACUGUAUGCAAAUCCAAUAUUUUCCGAAUUUGGGGACUAUCCAGCAGUCAUGAAAGAUAGAAUAGCAGCAAAGAGUAAGGAACAAGGAUUUCCAAGAUCGCGAUUACCACAAUUCACUCCUGAAGAAAUAGAUUUCAUUAAAGGAAGUUCGGAUUUCAUUGGAUUAAAUCAUUAUACUACUAACAUUGUUUAUAGGAACGAAUCUGUUUAUGGAUAUUAUAGUUCGCCAUCUUUUUACGAUGAUAUUGAAGUAAUAAGUUAUCAAGAUAGUUCAUGGGAUUCAGCUGCUUCCAACUGGUUAAAGAGUGUACCCUGGGGAUUUUACAAGUUAUUAACAAAAAUACGAGAGGACUACAACAACCCACCAGUUUUCAUAACUGAGAAUGGAUUCUCAACCCGGGGUGGUCUAAUUGACGACGACCGCGUAAAGUAUUACAGAACAUACAUUGACGCUAUGCUCGAUGCUAUUGAAGAUGGAUCAGAUAUAAGAGUUUACGCAGCGUGGAGUUUGAUGGAUAAUUUUGAAUGGAUGAGGGGAUACAGCGAACGUUUCGGACUGUACGAAGUGGACUACGAGAGUCCUGAACGCACCCGAACUCCUCGCAAGUCUGCUUACGUAUACAAAGAGAUGCUGCGCACACGAACACUGGACUAUCAUUAUGAACCUGAUAUGAGCUUGGGAAUGAAUGUCGAUGAUAAUUAAAAAGGACUAAUAUACUUCAAAAUUAAACGGAUUAAAUUGUUUAUUUUGCUA